AAAAUUUUCAACAGCUUCUUUGACGCCAUUGUGGUUUUUAACAUUUUCUAAAGUUAGUGCUGUAAAUUUCUAUAUUUGGAGUGUCGCUUUUUGUCUACAGGGACAUUUUGGAUGACAGUGACAGUGCCGAAUUUAAAGUAGCCAGAAAAGUUGUCAGUUAAGUGUCAUAAUGAGUGAAGAAGCACCAAUACAUUCAGAGGUGAUUCCUGAUGUGUCACUAGACACUCCCCAAGUACCUCCCGUACAGUCUCCACCACCCUCAGAACCCUCCUUGGAUAUUCCCACAGCUGUAGAAGUAGAUGCUGCUGUGGUGCCUACCAAAGAUUCUGAGGAAGCUGCUAAACCACAGUUACCACAAGAUCAAGUCAUGACUGACGCUCCGUCUGGUGAUCAAGAACAGCCAAUACCAGGUCAAGAACCUGCAUGUGAAGAACCAAAAGAACCUGAAAAACCUGAAGAAAUUGUACGUCCUAAAACUCCUCCAAAAAUGAUUUCCAUUCAUAUUAAAACUCCACAAGAACGCGAAACUUUCGAGGUAGAAGAGAAUGCAGCUGUCACAGAUUUAAAAGCUCUUAUAGGUCCCAAGUUUAACGCUGAACCUGAUCAGCUUUGUCUUAUAUUUGCUGGUAAAAUAAUGAAAGAUGAAGAUCACCUUCAAGAGCAUCACAUAAAAGAUGGUUUGACCAUUCAUUUAGUUAUAAGAGCUGCUCCUAGAUUAAAUGAAACAGCCGCUAAUAGACGACCUGCUGAUAUUAGUGCUACUCCGUUUGGUUUGGGGAGCUUGGGUGGAUUAGCUGGAAUAGCUCAGUUAGGUAUGGGAUCUGCAAAUUUUAUGGAAUUACAGAAUCAAAUGCAAAGUGAGCUUCUUUCUAAUCCUAAUAUGCUGAGGAAUUUGUUAGACAAUCCACUAGUAACCCAAUUGAUGAGUAAUCCUGAAGCCAUGAGAAGUUUGUUAGUGAGAAAUCCUCAGAUGCAGGAGCUAAUUGAAAGGUAUCCCGAGAUCAACCAAACAUUGAAUAAUCCUGAGCUGUUGCGCCAGACAGCAGAAUUAGCUCGUAAUCCAUCGAUGCUUCAAGAAUUGAUGAGAAGUCAUGAACGCUCAAUGGGUUUGGAACCUAAUUCUCCCACUCCUCUUACCAAUCCUGUUCCAAACUUAUUUUCUGGCCUCCAACCAAAUUUAUCAUCUGUUGCUGCCCAAUUUCAAGCUAGUGCUCAAACUACACCAGCACGAGGAGUAAUGAACCCACCCCCGUUAGCUAGUUUACUUCAACAAAUGUCAGAAAAUCCUUCUGUUAUUCAAAAUAUGCUUCAAGCACCUUACACACAAUCAGUUUUAGAAGCUUUAACCGCUGAUCCUAACAUAGCUAAUGCUAUUCUAGCUCAGAAUCCUUUGAUUACUGAAAAUCCUGCUGUUCAAGAGCAAAUGAGGCAUAUGAUGCCUCAAUUUAUGCAGCAAAUGCAGAACCCAGAGGUUCAAAAUCUUAUGACUAAUUCUCAAGCUUUAGAUGCUAUUCUUCAGAUUCAACAAGGGAUGGAAACCUUAAGACAAGCAGCACCUAAUUUAAUUCAUACCUUCCCUCCUCCAAAUUCGCAAGGCGUGCCCAAUAUUAAUACUACUAGUCCUAGGCCUGAAACUACAUCACAAAAUGCUGGGGCCCCCAGAGAUGCUUUCUCUGAAUUCAUGAGCAGAAUGGUUGCUACAAUGGGCGCUAACAACGACAACAAUUUACCUCCUGAACAAAGAUACCAAGCUCAGUUGGAACAGCUGGCAGCAAUGGGUUUUGUUAACAGGGAGAUAAAUUUGCAAGCUCUGAUUGCUACUUUUGGAGAUAUUAAUGCCGCAGUUGAGAAAUUACUGGCUCAGGGUCAGCUAUCUUCAAUGGGAUAAAUUUUAGUUUCUGUAGGAAUAAAUACAUGUGACUACAAUAGUUUGUGUUUCCUUAUUUAAGUAUUAACUAAAAUUUAUCGACUUCGAA